GAGGAAAAAUGCAUGUAGGCUACACUUCGUCCAGGGUUAUUACCAAAUGUAAUUAUGUGUCCAUAAUGAAGAAGGCUAAUGCUAAAAGCGGUGUUCACAGAUAAAGGGGGAACGGAGGAGGGGAGGGCGAAAUAGUGAGCGGAGAUAUAAGAGUUCGGGUUGUUGGCUGGGGCAGUUGUCGAGAGGUAGGCUAUUGCAAUUGUGAUACAAAUCGAAAAAACUAUGAAAUCCGCCUUCGCAGCUGCCGAAACAACGGUAGCAUGGUAGCUUUGGAAGGGGGUUUGCAAGACGAGCACCGAUAUCUAUACGUUACUGCAAUUUUAACACCGAAUUACUUAUCCCCCUGAUCGAGUCGGGUAAACCACCGUCCGAGAUGGGGAAGGAGGUUAAUGGUGUUUCGCGGAGCCGGUUUGAGAUGUUCUCAAACAGCGACGAGGCCGUCAUCAAUAAGAAGCUGCCCAAGGAGCUGUUGCUACGAAUCUUCUCCUUUCUGGAUGUGGUGACACUCUGUCGCUGUGCCCAGGUCUCACGGUCGUGGAAUGUGCUCGCCCUGGACGGCAGUAAUUGGCAGAGGAUCGACCUUUUCGACUUUCAGAGAGAUAUUGAGGGGCGAGUGGUGGAGAACAUCUCAAAACGAUGUGGGGGAUUCCUGAGGAAGCUGAGUCUGAGGGGCUGUCUGGGGGUCGGGGACAGCGCUCUGAGAACCUUCUCCCAGAACUGCAGGAAUAUUGAGCUGCUUAGUUUGAAUGGCUGCACCAAGAUUACUGACAGCACAUGUAAUAGCCUCAGUAAGUUCUGUCCCAAGCUCAAGCACUUGGACCUUGCCUCCUGUACCUCAAUCACCAACCUGUCACUCAAAGCACUUAGUGAGGGCUGUCCUCUGUUAGAGCAGCUCAACAUCUCGUGGUGUGACCAGGUGACUAAGGAUGGCAUCCAGGCCUUGGUACGAUGCUGCCCUGGACUCAAAGGCCUUUUCCUCAAGGGCUGCACACAGUUGGAGGAUGAAGCACUGAAGCACAUUGGGGCACACUGUCCAGAGCUGGUCACUCUCAACUUGCAGACGUGUUCGCAGAUCACAGACGAAGGUCUCAUUACUAUAUGCCGGGGCUGUCACCAUCUGCAGUCCCUGUGUGUCUCAGGUUGUGCCAACAUCACAGACGCCAUCCUCCACGCCCUGGGACUGAACUGCCCCCGCCUCAGAAUAUUAGAGGUGGCUCGCUGCUCUCAGCUCACAGAUGUGGGCUUCACUACGCUAGCAAGGAAUUGUCAUGAGCUGGAAAAGAUGGACCUGGAAGAGUGUGUGCAGAUCACGGACGGCACACUUAUCCAGUUGUCCAUCCACUGCCCUUGUCUGCAAGUUCUGAGCCUAUCUCACUGUGAGCUGAUUACUGACGAUGGCAUCAGACAUCUGGGCAGCGGGCCCUGUGCCCACGACCGGCUGGAGGUGAUCGAGCUGGACAACUGCCCCCUGAUCACGGACGCCUCGCUGGAGCAUCUGAAGAGCUGCCACAGCCUGGACCGCAUCGAGCUCUACGACUGCCAGCAGAUCACCCGCGCAGGCAUCAAGAGACUAAGGACCCAUCUGCCUAACAUCAAAGUGCACGCGUAUUUCGCCCCCGUCACCCCACCCCCCUCAGUCGGGGGGAGUCGCCAGAGAUUCUGUCGCUGCUGUAUCCUGCUAUGAUGUGAAGACUGCGCCCCCGCCCCCGCCCCCCUCAGCCCAACUUCUGACCCGAACACCCCUGGCCCUGCUGCCCAUCCACCCAACCUGGCUCGGCAUGGUCCGAUCCGGCCUCCAGGUAUACAUGCUGGUGUGUGUCCCCGAUUGGCGCCGCAGAGAGAGGGAGAGAGCCCAACCACCACAGGGUCUGGGAAGAACCUUCCCAACAACAUUCUCAAACCCACUCACAACAGCCUUUGUCAAACACACACCCGCACACACAUUAUUACCACAGAUGAACAUCAGCACAUUCCCUGCUGUCCCCGGGCCCAUGUUCUAAAGACAGCCCAGCAUUACAGGGAGGAUUACAUAAUAGAACCACUGCUGUUCACAGAUUAGACUCCUGAUACACUGUAUGGACUACAUGUAGCUAGGGAUCACUUCAUACACGGUUCCCUAAGAACUACAAUGACCUUUUACUGAAGGAUCAGGAGAUACGUUUGGAUAAGAAACUCACAUCCAAUGUGUGUCUGUAGGUGCUGGGCGGAUAACCAGAAACAUGGCUAGAGCUACGAUGAGGAUAUUGGUUUGGUAGAAAUGCCCUCAGACUUUUUAAAGGACUGACAAGCUACCUCUAGACAUAACUGCACUUCAAUGUGAGUAGCUCUUUGUUAGCCUCUGAUUCCAGACUGCCCACUCCAAACCUAUAGCUAGGCCUAUUUUUUUUCUUCUAAAGACCCGUUUCCAUUGGCACUUUGAAGUCAACCCAGGUUGGGCCUUGGUGGGCUAGCUGAAAUUGCGUUUCCACUGCCUCCAAAAAUAAUAAAUGAUGUCAUGUUGCUAGGUAGCCAAUACGUGACUGCAGCUGGCUUCGCUAAUGUUGCUAACUAGCAAGAUGUUGAAUAAUUUAAUUCACCCUCACCAUGCUGUAACUAACGUAACCAGCUGUAACUAACGUUACCACAUACUCCUGUCAGUGCUAGCCAUACUCAGAGCAAUGUAUUUAGAUCGCUAACUAGCUGAACGGUUAGCGUUGUCGUUGGUAUAACAGGCUAGCUAGCUUAAUUCCUACCUUGCUUGCCAUUACAUUGGCUAUUGGCUGCUAGCUAGCUAACCAAGCAAACCAGACGACCGGUUUGAUAUGAUGUAGCUAGCUAGCUUUCAAUACAACCUGGCCAGCUAAAAGUCCUACUAGCUCACGUUAGCUAGCUACAGUAGCUUGUUUUAACUCUAAUAUGCUAGCUAAGAAUGGUAGCUAGCAUUUGAGGGCUGACUGUUGUCAUAAACGUUUAUUGUGUUGUGCAAAAAUGAAUGGAUCCAGCUGUGGUGGUAAUUCGUGUCAUGUCUGACUACUGCAGUACAGCUUGUCCAUGUGCUAGCUAACAGCAACACGCCCAGAUGAGCUAGCUAAGCGUUGUCAGCAUCCAGCAGUGAUCAGUUUGGUGGUUGCAUAGUAACUGAGUCGCCAGCCAAAAUUGUAAUUGCGCUGGCACCAGUUGUGAAACUGGGCUGCGCUGGCUCGAAUUUGAGAAUUCCAUUCGAACCAACUCGAAUUUGGCCAGAAUUUUAAGUGCCAGUGGAAAGGGGGCUUAAUUGAACAGAGUCCUGGUGUCUUCUACAGCCAUUAAACUGCCUACCAAC